AAGCUAAAAUAUGAAUGGUAACUUGAGAAAUUCAGACUGGGAAAAGUAUAAUAUUUUGUAUUGGCAUUCACAUGUAUUUAGAGGGGUCGGCAACGAACGAAACCCUGUGUUUAGAGCCGACAAUAGCAGCUGAAGACGGGACGGGAACAGAGAAGAAUGAUCAAUAGUAGAAUUAUUCAGUCUCUGUUACAAAGCUCUCGAAGGCCUCCCUUUGGCUUCGUUGCUUCAUCUUUCUCUACCGUAAGGCUCUCUCCUUUACCUCUCCCCACCGCCCUUGACCCUCCCUUUUCUGCUUCUCCUUCUCGUUUUGCUGUUGGUUCUUCUCUACAACUACAACCCAUUUCCUCUUCUUCCUUUAUUCACCGUCUAUUAAGCAGCACCACUUCCAGCCACAACAAGCACGAGAACCAGCCAGAAGAAGAUGACCCAUUGCUCUAUGAAACAAUUGAAGAUGAUGGGGAAACCACAGAUGGGUGGGAAGAAGAGGAUGAAGUCGUCGAGCCCAAGAUUGGUGAUGGAGGGGAUGGUGGUGGUGUUGUAUUCCAAGGUGUUCCAUGGGGUGAAUCUGUUCUUUCUAUUGCCCAUGAUGUUCUAAAGAUGUUGAGUGAUGACAUUAAACUUUAUGCUUUCAAGACUACACCUCGAGGAUACAUUUAUGUCAGACUAGACAAAUUGUCAAAUGAAUAUGGUUGUCCCAGCAUGGAGGAGCUGGAGAGCUAUAGUCAAGAAUACAAGAAAAGAUUAGAUGAAGCUGGAGAACGGAGAGAAAUACCUGAUGAUUUGGCUCUAGAGGUAUCAUCUCCUGGUGCAGAGAGAAUACUAAAGGUACCAGAUGAUUUAGAUCGGUUCAAAGAUAUGGCUAUGAGAGUUUGUUAUAUUGAAGAUGCAGAGCCUAACUGUACCGAAAAGAGUGGAGUCUUCUUACUAGAUUCCAUUGAGCAAGAGAACUGUGUAUGGAAGUUGGCAGAUGUGAAGGAAAACAGGGACCCCAACAGCAAGGGUAGACCUUUUAGUCGUAAACAGAGGGAUUGGAGAUUAAAACUGCCUUUUGACAGGCAUAGGAUGAUAAUAUUAUAUCUUGAAUACUGAAACAAUGGUUGCCAUGUUAUAGGGAGAAAGGUGCUAAGAGUUUCUUAUCAAUUUUAUUGAUAAGGCUUUGAUAUGAAAACCGAAAAUUCUGGUAUCGGUGCUAUUUUCCUCAUACAACCUAUGUAGUGCUUAAAAUUUCUUACUGAUUACUAAUAGCAAUAACAGUUUGAUUACAUUGGAUCCCUUUCUUUGUUCCCCAUUUUAAAGUAGUUCCAUGGCAUAGCAGGAAGUCGUAGUUUCUUUUGAAGUUUAUCAUCAGGUAGCUUUUCUGGCCUCAGUACUUGUGUUAUUGUAAAGUUUCAAUUGUAUGAAACUUCAGAAGAAGCAUCUGGCUUACCGGUCAGGUAUUUCAUUUGAGCAUUAGAAAAUCAUGAAAGAGAUCCUAAUCUGGUUGGUGAUGGUAUCCAUCCAUUCGUGAAAGCUUGGAUUUUGAAGCCCAAAGUUACGAGAUAGAAUUUUUGACAUAGCUAGACCGACUAACCAGUUCUAUGGUGACAAAUUCUUUAGCUGCCAGCUGGUCGUUUGGCCCAUUAUUCUUGGCCUAGUCCCAGCCUCCCAGGUGCCACUUCUCAGAUUAUUAGGUCCAAUUUGGCCUUGGGUGAGAUUGCAGUCAUAUGGUAAAAGACAUGCUAUAUUGGAUCAUUGGUUGGUUAAUGAUAAUUUCUCUAUCCUUAGCAGGUGGCAAUCCAAUUUAAUUAUGGAUUUUGUAGUUAAUGUGUGUUUAAGAGUAACUUUAUUUUCUUCAAGAACCUCUAUGCCAAAUUUUGGAUAUAUUUGUGAAAAUUUAAUGAUUUUUUUAGGUUGAAUUUUUGUUAGUUUGUUGCAAGUUACAAUAAACAAUCAAAAUGGUUUUUGUCAUGCUAAGAUUUCUAUUCAUUUUCUGUCUACUUACAGUUAUAUGUUAAUUGACGGGAUACAUUCAUCUUGAGGCAGGCCCUUAAGCUACCACCAAGCAUGAUAAUAUUAGAUAAGUGGACCACUAGCAAGGGGGUAGAUUUUUUUCUUAUUUUAUCAUAUGAUUUAGACAUUUCUUUUCUCAGUAAUUGACAAAUGCAAGAUUAGGUUACCCAACUUAUUGGCUGGAAAGGCUUUUAUGCACUGAGGGUCCCUUUCUGCACAAAAUCAGUCUCCAUCUACCUAUCUAAACUUUAAAGUUCGUUCACAUCCCAAAGAAAAUAACGUUGGAAUCUUUUACAAUAUUUAAAGAACUUAUAAAAAGUUGACAGUCGAAGAUAAAAAUAUUAAAAUUUUAAUUUUAACGAUCAAGAUUCGAUUUUAGAACGUAUUUUGUAGAAGAAUAUCUCCUGC